GGAAUACUUUAGUCAAUCUACCGUGUUUCGAUUGUGUAGUCUUAUUUUGUUGUGUAGUUUAUUUUUUUGUUUUUCCAUUUUAGAAGAAUUAAAGAGAUUUCGUUUUUCUUCGACUGCAAUUUUUUCAAUUGAGAGAAACAAACCGCAAAUAUGAAAACAGUUCCAAAAGUGUACGUGAUUGGUGUUGGCAUGACGAAAUUUGAGAAACCGGGUCGAAGAAACGAUUUCGAUUAUCCUCAAAUGGUUAAAGAAGCAGUGACAAAUGCUCUUACUGAUGCAAGUGUUUCUUAUACUGAUAUUAAGCAGGCUGUUGUUGGCUAUGUCUAUGGCGAAUCAACAAGCGGACAACGUGCAUUAUAUGAAAUAGGAAUGACAGGCAUUCCAAUAUACAAUUGUAACAGUAAUUGUUCAACAGGUGCGAAUGCAUUGAUUUUGGCCAAACAACUCAUCGAAACUGGUCAAAAUGAUUGUGUUCUAGCGGUUGGUUUUGAAAAAAUGGAACGUGGUUCAUUAGGAGCAAAAUACACUGAUCGUACGCUUCCAAUGGAUAAACACAUUGAAAUAAUGUCAAAUAAUUUUGAUAUAACCGAUUCCCCUAUAACGGCUCAAUUAUUUGGAAAUGCGGGCAUCGAACAUAUGAGAAAGUAUGGAACGAAAGCUGAACAUUUUGCAAAAAUUGCCGUAAAAAAUCAUAAACAUAGCGUUAACAACCCCUAUGCACAAUUUCAAGAAGAGUUUACUCUGGAACAAAUUCAAAACUCGCCUCAAGUGCAUGAUUUUUUAACACGUCUGCAAUGUUCGCCAACGUCUGAUGGUUCUGCUGCUGCGGUUCUAGCAUCUGAAGAUUUUAUUCGUCGCAACCGCUUAGAAUCGAAAGCAGUCGAAAUUGUCGGUAUGGAAAUGACCACUGAUCCAUCUUCAACGUUCAAAAAUAAUAAUGUAAUCAGUAUUAUUGGAUUUGAUAUGACAAAAAUGUGUGCUGAUCGACUUUUUGCAAAAACUCAAUGUAAACCACAUGAAGUUGAUGUAAUUGAGCUUCAUGACUGUUUUUCGACAAAUGAAUUGAUUACCUAUGAGGCAUUGGGUUUAUGCGAAGUGGGUAAAGGUGGAACAUUAGUAGAUAGUGGUGACAACACAUACGGUGGUAAGUAUGUGAUUAAUCCAAGCGGUGGUUUGAUUAGCAAAGGACAUCCAUUGGGGGCCACGGGCAUUGCGCAAUGUGCAGAACUAACCUGGCAAAUAAGAGGUGAAGCUGGCAAGCGGCAAGUGGAUGGCGCCAAAUUGGCAUUGCAACACAAUAUUGGCCUGGGUGGAGCUGUUGUGACUGCCUUAUAUCGGUUGGGUUUCCCCGAUGUUAAACAAAACAAAACAUCAAACACAAUUCCUCAAAAGAAUUCGAACCAACUUAGUCCGGAUGGUAAAGGAUUUUUGGUGACUCCAUAUUUACGUGUUUUAGAAAUAGCUAUGCAAGAAGAUAAAGACAAUUUGAUUGAAAAAGUGCGGGGAAUUUAUGGAUUUCGUGUAACACAUGGACCAAAUGGUGCUAAUGGUUAUUGGAUAAUAAAUGCGAAAACUGGAAAAGGUUCAGUUACAUAUAAUGGAAAAGAAAAACCAGAUGUAACAUUUGUUAUGAAAGAUGCUGAUGUAGUAGAAUUGAUAUCCGGUAAACUACAACCACAGAAAGCAUUUUUCCAAGGAAAAGUAAAAGUUCAAGGAAAUAUGGGACUUGCUAUGAAACUGAUUGAUUUACAGAAAACAGCUCAAAAGCGAAUUGAGGAGCUUAAAGCAAAAUUAUAAAUAGAUCUUAAGUAUUUUUUUCUGCUGGGUAAAUUUUAAAUUUAUUCGCAAAGUGGUAUGGUUUUUUUCUUCGUUAGAUUUUUUAUUUUCAUUUCAACUUUAUGAAACUGAUGUUCACAAUUGGUUUUGGUGAUAUUUUAAAUAAAAAUGCAUAAAUUCUUU